AUGUCCAGCUGGGCUGAGCGCGUGCAUCGACGCGCCGCUGAUUUGGGCAACGUUGUCACAUCCUGCGGCCAUCCAGCGACCGCUCCCGCCUAUCCAUACCGCUUGGAGAAGGUGAAGUUCGGUGUACCACUGGAGGAGGUAUGCAAGCACAACAACAACAUUCCUGGGCCGCUGCUUGUGCUCAUAUUGAAACUAAACAAGGAGUCGCCAAAUCGACGCGAUGUUUUUCGUGCGCCCGGCCAUCAGGGCGCAAUGAAGAAGCUCAUACACUUCCUGCAGGCGGGCCGACUUGUUAACGUUGACAACUAUUCGGUGUUCACCAUUGCCAGCGUAUUAAAGAAGUUCCUCCGCAAGAUACCCAAUGGCAUCUUCGGACGCAAUGGCGAGACGGAGCUCUUUGCCAUUAACGAGCUGCAGAACGAAGCCGAGCAAACGGACCGUUUACACAG